AUGGAGUUGUCUAAGCUGCCGCAAAUUAAACAAGAAGAAGAAGAAGAAGAAGAAGAAGAAGAAGAAGAAGAAGAAGAAGAAGAAGAAGAAGAAGAAGAAGAAGAAGAAGAGCAUUUUCUUGUUCUUGUUCUAAUCGGCAGACCAUCGCAAAUAGAGCCCGGGGGAUUACUUUUCACAAUGUUGAUGAUGAUGGAUGUGAUGUGCUGUAAAUCAGAAACUGAUCAGGGCUUACAGGAUGAGGAAUCUACUGAUCAAACCUCCACAGAGUCUCUGGAUUCUGUCUGUAACGCUGGAGAACAGCAGCCGAUCCUACAGACCAAACUCAACAUGUGUUCAGUCAAACUGGAGGACAGUGGGAACCAAAUGGAGAUAAAAACAGAACCAAUGGAAGAUCACACUGAGGAAGAAAACGGUCAUUAUGGUGAUUUUGUUCCUUCAGAUGUGAAGAAUGAAUCAUGUCUGGAUGGAGAAAUAACAUCAUCAACAUCAAAAGAGCGUAUGACAGCACAAACUCAAGAGAAGAAACUUCAUUCAGGAGAGCACAGAAAGAAGAAGACGAAGAAGAAGAAGCAGUUUCACUGUGAGCAUUGUGGGAAGGAUUUUGUUGUCUUAUCUAAGCUGAAACGUCACAUGAUGAUACACAGUGAUGAAAAGUCUUUCUACUGCACUGAAUGUGGCAAAUGUUUCAAAACCCAAGAAUAUCUUGAUAGUCAUAAGAGAAUUCACACAGGAGAAAAACCAUACGAGUGUCCUCAAUGUAAGAAGAGAUUUAACCGGAACCAUCAUCUGAAGGCACAUAUGCUUUCACACACCAAUGAGAAACCGUAUCAGUGCAGUGAAUGUGGAAAAACCUUUAAGUAUUUACACACUAUAAAAUCACACACAAAAUUUCACAGUGAGGAGAAACUCUAUCAGUGUUCACACUGUGAUAAACGUUUCCAUCAGAAAGUUCAGCUGAUAGUCCAUGAGAGAAGUCACACUGGAGAGAAACCUUACGUCUGCUCUCACUGUGGUAAGAGCUUCUCUUGUUUAUCUCAUUUGAGUUAUCAUCAGAGAGUUCACACUGGAGAGAAACCUUAUCACUGUAGUGUUUGUGGGAAGAGUUUCAGUUUUCACAGCAGUUUAGUGUCACACAAGAGAACUCAUACAGGUGAAAAACCUUACAAAUGCUCUCAUUGUGAGAAGACAUUUGCUCAUGCAGCUUCCUUAAAACUCCAUCAGAGAGUUCACACUGGAGAGAAAACUUACAUCUGUGAUGUUAGCGGAAAGAGUUUUAAUCAACAUCAAAAUUUAGUGACACACCAGAGAACUCAUACAGGUGAAAAACCUUUCAAAUGUUCUCAUUGUGAGAAGACUUUUGCUCAUGCAGCUUCCUUAAAACUCCAUCAGAGAGUUCACAUUGGAGAGAAACCUUACGUCUGCUUUCAAUGUGGGAAGAGAUUUUGGGAUUCAUCUCAAUUAAGUGUUCAUCAGAGAGUUCACACUGGAGAGAAACCUCAUCAUUGUAGUCUUUGUGGGAGGAGUUUCAGUCGACAUGCCCAUUUAUUGUUACAUCAGAGAACUCAUACAGGUGAAAAACCUUUUAAAUGCUUUCAGUGUGAGGAGACGUUUACUGAGUCGGAUCACCUCAAAGUCCAUCUGAGAGUUCAUACUGGAGAGAAACCUACCUCCACAGAGUCUCUGGUUUCUGUCUGGAACGCUGGAGAACAGCAGCAGAUCCUGCAGACCAAACUCAAGAUGUGUUCAGUCAAACUGGAGGACAGUGGGAACCAAAUGGAGAUAAAAACUGAACCAAUGGAAGAGGAAGAUCACACUGAGGAAGAAAAAAGUCAUUAUGGUGAUUUAAUUCCGUCAGAUGUGAAGAGGGAAUCAUGUUUGGAUGGGGAAAUAACGUCCCCAACAUCAAAAGAGCGACGGACAGCACAAACUCAAGAAAAGAAACUUGAUUCAGAAGAGCACAGAGAGAAGAAGAAGCUGCAGUUUCACUGUCAACAGUGUGGAAAGGAUUUUGUUGUCUUAUCUAAGCUGACACGUCACAUGAGGACACACAGUGGUGAAAAGUCUUUCUACUGCACUGAAUGUGGCAAAUAUUUCAGCACCAAAAGAAAUCUUGAUGUUCAUCAAAUAAUUCACACAGGAGAAAAACCAUACGAGUGUCCUCACUGUGAGAAGAGAUUCAGCCACAAAGGAUAUAUGAAGAGACAUGUGUUUACACACACCAAUGAGAAACCGUAUCAGUGCAGUGAAUGUGGAAAACCCUUUAAGUAUUUAUGCUCUUUAACAUUACAUAAAAAAAUACACAGUAAGGAGAAACUCUAUCAGUGUUCUCACUGUGAUAAACGUUUUCAGCAGAAAGGUCAGCUGAUAGUUCAUGAGAGAAGUCACACUGGGGAAAAACCUUACGUCUGCUCUCACUGUGGUAAGAGCUUCUCUAGUUCAUCUCAUUUCAGUCCCCAUCAGAGAGUUCACACUGGAGAGAAACCUCAUCACUGUAGUGUUUGUGGGAAGAGUUUCAGUUUUCACAGCAGUUUAGUGUUACAUCAGAGAACUCAUACAGGUGAAAAACCUUACAAAUGCUCUCAGUGUGAGAAGACAUUUGCUUACUUAAGUACCUUUAAAGUCCAUCAAAGACUUCACACUGGAGAGAAACCUUAUGUCUGCUCUCAGUGUGGAAAGAGCUUCUCUAGUCCAUCUCAAUUAAGUGUUCAUCAGACACUUCAUACUGAAGAGAAACCUUAUGUCUGCACUCAGUGUGGUAAGAGAUUUUCUGAUUCAUCUCAAUUAAGUGUUCAUCAGAAACUUCACACUGGAGAGAAAUCUCAUCACUGUACUCUUUGUGGGAGGAGUUUCAGUCGACACUCAAACUUAGUAAAGCAUCAAGAAACUCAUACAGGUGAAAAACCUUUCAAAUGCUUUCAGUGUGAGGAGACGUUCACUGAGUCAGGUCACUUAAAAGCCCAUCUGAAAUUUCAUACUUGAGAGAAACCUUACGUCUGCUGAAUUUUCAUGCCUUUGUUGGAGAAUAAAUGAAAUGUUCUAAAUUGUGUAUAGCAGUUUGUUUAAUAUUAACUUUUUAUGAUGAAUCAAUUUAUUUGUGUCACUUUUCUAAGUUAAAUUUGUAUAAAAGUGUCUUCUAAACAAGCAAUAGGGUGCUGGAAGCUAUGCUGUAUCGUGAAUAAGUCUCAGACAUGAAGCAGAAGCAAUGAAGCAAUUCCUUUAUUCGUGACUUAUUUGCAAAACAGCACAUCCUUGAGUUACCACACAAUAUAAAUAUUAAAGCAAAGUAAUAACACAACAAUGUUAAAUCAAUAAAAGUUUUUAUUUAUC